UUAGCGCGAGGCGUGACCUAGUUGACAGGCUCUGAGGUGCUGCUGUGGCGGCGGCCGUGGGGCUGAGGCGGGUGGGAGCCGGAGCCGAGCGCGGGCUGAGGGAGGAGGGCGGCGACUGGAGAGCGGCGAGCGGCGCAGGACCCGGAGCCUCUUUCACUUUUUCCCUCCCGAGUGCCCCCUCCCCACCCUCCCACUCCACACACACCCUGUUUGCCCGUGAGCCUGGGGAACUUGCAGCUUAAAGCCAGCCACCCCCACGGCAACAUGUACCCCAGCAACAAGAAGAAAAAGGUGUGGAGAGAGGAGAAAGAACGUUUAUUGAAGAUGACCAUAGAGGAGAGACGCAAAGAAUACAUAAGGGACUAUGUUCCCCUGAACACCAUCCCAUCGUGGAAAGAGGAGAUGAAGGGCAAGAGCCAAAAUGAUGAAGAAAAUACUCAGGAACCAUCACAUGGGAAGAAAAGUUUGAGUGAGAAAGUUUCUCUGUAUAGAGGUGACAUCACAUUGCUAGAGGUGGAUGCUAUAGUCAAUGCUGCAAAUGCCAGUCUUCUUGGAGGUGGAGGUGUGGAUGGCUGUAUUCACAGAGCCGCUGGGCCCUGUCUACUCGCUGAAUGUCGUAACCUGAACGGCUGUGAAACUGGACAUGCAAAGAUCACGUGUGGCUAUGACCUGCCUGCAAAAUAUGUCAUCCACACUGUAGGGCCAAUCGCAAGAGGCCACCUUAACGGUUCCCACAAGGAAGACCUUGCCAAUUGCUAUAAAUCGUCUCUGAAACUAGUGAAAGAAAAUAACAUCCGAUCAGUUGCAUUUCCAUGCAUCUCAACAGGCAUUUAUGGUUUUCCAAACGAGCCUGCUGCAGUCAUCGCCCUUAGCACCAUUAAGGAAUGGCUGGCCAAGAAUCAGCACGAGGUGGAUCGGAUCAUCUUCUGUGUCUUCCUAGAGGUCGACUUCAAAAUCUACAAAAAGAAAAUGGGCGAGUUUUUCCCGGCAGAUGAUAAUAAUGAAGAAGAAGAUGUUGACAUGAAAGAAGAUUCAGAGGGGUUAGAGCCAAAAGACCACUCUCCACCCCACAAGAAGAGCAAAGCAAAGAAGCCAGAAGGCUCCAAAGACUCCAGCGAGGAUGAGAAUGGUCCAGAGGAAAAGCCAAGUGCGGAAGAAAUAGAAGAGCAGAGCCAAGAAGCAGGUGGGCUCAGAUUUCUUUUGAAGCGUCUCCUCGGCCUCGUCCCCAGAGAUGGCACCGGCACUGCUUCGGCGCCCAGCCCUUCUUCAGAGGAAGCAGUUGAAGUCUGUAAAGAUGAAGAUUCUGCAGAGGAUGACAAUAUAACAAAAGACAGUGAAGCAACAGAUCAUCCUGUGUGUGACCAAGAGCAUCCCAGUGGGCAAGAGAAUGAUUCAACGAAGAAAGAAGUAAAACUUGAGGCAGAGUCCCAGAGUUCAUACAUGGAAACAGAAGAGCUUUCAUCAAACCAAGAAGAUGCCAUGAUGGUGGAGCAACCAGAAGUGACCCCACUAACAGACGACCAAGAAGAAAACGAAGUUGAAAAAGAUCAAGGCGGAAACACACCGAGAGUUCCCGUGAAGAGCGAAGGCUCUGGUGACAGAGAGAGCUCCACCAGUCCUGAUGUUGACAUGAAUUGUCAGGUUGAGAGUGUAAAUGACCCAACAGAGAGUCAGCAAGAAGAUUAACUAAGGGGCACACGAUGAAGCAAAGGCACAACGAGGUAGCAGUAAAUGACAGUCCUCAGUGUGCAGGCUCCUGGCCCUGGGGAGGUACAAGAAGACGCUGGCGCGCACGUGCACUGUGCAGACGGGUGGGGGUGGGGGGAGGCGCGUCCCACCGAAGGACGGGGAAUCCUUUGCUCUCAUUUCUCCAGCUGCGUUUUGUUCUGUUUACCCGCAGAAAGAAAAAAAAAAAAAAAAAAAGAAAAAGGAAAAAAAAAAAGUUUUCUUUCAUUUGGUGGGGUACCCACGUGAAUGCAACUUUCAGGCGCUAUCCCUGUCUUUUCUGUCUUUUCUUCUCCCGACUCCGCCCCAGGGUCGCAGUGGCACGUGUAACGCACAAGUGUGUUCUGGUCCCUGUCUGCUUUCUCGGUUAUUUCACAAAGCUGGUUGGUACAGUGGUUUCUUCAAAAAAAAAAAAAAAGAGAGA